UGCUCGAAUGGCUACUUUGGUCAGCCGGCGGUUAAGGGGGGCUCAUGCCAGCCCUGCCAGUGUAACGGUAACCUCGACCUGGCCUCACCGCAGAGCUGCGACCCCAUCACCGGCUCCUGUCUGAGGUGUCGCGAUGGCUACGGGGGAACCACCUGCAACACCUGUGCCGAGGGCUUCUAUGGGGACGCCAUCGAGGCCAAAAACUGCCAAUGUGAGUAUAUGAAGUACAUGAGUAUCAGAGCCUGCAGUACGUUAAGCCCCUGUCCCUGUCUGAGUCUCCUUUGAAGAGCGGAGUGUUGCUGUAAUGUUAUGCGAGCGCUGCCUGUCUGCCUGCCUGCCUGUCUGACAGACAGCCUGCAUGCCAGGUGUGGCGGUGUGUUUGAGAAUGUUUGGCUUUGAGAAUAUGAAUUAUGGUGGAGAGAGAGCGAGAGUGAGUGAAGACAGAGAUGUGCAGAUGGUGACUGUCUGUGUAAAUCCACAUAAACAACCUGUGUUGACUCACAAACCUCAAUGCUCAGCCCAUAAAAGUUUAUCAUUCAUCUGCCUCUCUGUUCUCAGCAGUGCAGUCUGCGAUGUUGAUAAUGUCUGGAUGAAGAUAACUAAUUAGUCUCUGUUUACCAAAACAACCCAUUUUACGAUGAUGUCUAGUUAAUAAAAAAUGCAUUACAGCUUAUCACAGCUUAUAGCCAAAUGGAUUCUUGAUUUAUAACUCUUGAUAUACAGCUGCAAUACAUUAAGAUGAUUCAUGAUGUCAAAGAAAAUAUAGAGGUAUUGAUAGUGAUUGAUAGUACAUUAAGACUAUAGACUGGUAGAGCACAAGAGUUAAACAUGCAGCUAAUGCAUCUAUAGACUUCUACAAUAGAAUGGAAUAGCUGCCUUCAUCUGCCUUGAUAAAAGGUAGACGCACUACUUCAACUUUAAUGAAAUCUGUAGAAUGAUAAAAGUAAGUUGGUGAAAAGAAGUCCAUUUUCGCUGAGUUAUUCUGGCAGUCCUAACUGAUUAAAGUGGUGGUGGUGGGGCAUUGGGGCGGAGAUGGAGUAAUCAACAUUAGGAAUGCAGAAACGGGGCGGUCGUUGAUGGAAAUUGCCCAUGCUAUCAUGGUGGCAGGGAAAACAAGUUGAUGAUCAUUGUCACAGAUCGCUGCAGCAUAAUGUGUAAUAUUGUUGCUUGUUUCAGUGUGUGAUGAAACCAUCAACAUGACCCUUUCUCUCAGACAGCCCAAAUUAAAAACUUUACCCACUUUAGAUCCCAUCUGGACUCCAUGCUGUCAGGGAGAGAAAGGGAGUCUUACAACUCAUACUCAUUCCAACCUGUUAAACAUUGAAUAAAUGCAGGCAUUUUUAAACCUUACACGGGCGAAUGAGCACAGUACAAAGACAGAAGAAAAGCAGAUGUCCCCUCCAACCAGUCCUAUAUGAAACCAUCUGUGCCUGUGUUUUCUCCUGCAGAUCACUAGGACUUUUUAAAGUAAAUAAUGAGCCAGUUAUACAAUGCAAAUGUGUUCCCGUGUCUAGCAAUCUGAAAGAUGUUGGAUUUGCGUACUCUGUAUGAGUUGAUGAUAAUAGACCGUAGUACUGCACAGCAAUAGGACAGAAGAGAACAAGUGGACCUGCUUGUACUGUACAGUACAUACCUUAUGUGAGAGGGCCUUGUUGGGGCUGAACUUACACUGCUCCUUGUUAUUCUAAAUCAGAUGAAUUCAACUGAUAAACCACCCCUCCCCUCUCCUCCUCCCCACCCCUCUCAUUGGUCUACAGCGUGCCAGUGUCACAACAAUGGCUCUGUGUCGGAGGUCUGCCACCAGGAGAAUGGGCAGUGCCAGUGCAAGCAGCAUGUGGUGGGACGGCAGUGUGACGAGUGCAUGGUAGGUCACCAAAGGAUCAGCUGUCAUUCCGAAUCAUGUUCAUUCGGUCACAAUGUUAUUUUAUAAUUGGGAUACCCAUACAAAGGUGGACAAUCUAUGGGGACAUUUCAAAUCAGUUACUGUGUCAGAUACUGAUGAUUAGUAAUGCUGAUGUCUGAAGUUUAACCCAUUUUUCACUCCAGUGUUUGGUUUCACAGAUAUAUUGUCAUCUAAAUAUUUCCAAAAGUUUCAGGAUGACUACCUCGUUUAUACUCAGUACCUCAGACAUUCACAGAUAACUAACUUCCUGCCCCUCACUGCUCCUGGUGAAUGAAGCCCAACUGUUGGUGGGACGCAGAGGAGCAGGUGUGUAAGCCGUGCUCCUGCAGCCGUACAGGGGCCAUGUCCCAGCGCUGCGACCUGGAGGGACGUUGUAUCUGUAAGCCCGGCUUCGUGGGCCACCGGUGCGACCUGGGUCGCCAGGGUUACGAGCGUCGGGAGACGCGCAGGCCAAUAGAGAGGGUCCGGCUGCAGCAGGUCCAGCGCUGGGGCUCGUCCCGCUCUGGGGGCUGUCCCCGGGGAGCCUACCGCCCCUCAGCGGUAAAGACAGUAAACAUCUGCAGCACUGAGUGUUUUAUUGUGUUAGUGUGGUGUGAUGCUUCCCAAGCCUGCCCAAUCAACCAACCCACCGAGUCCGUAGCUACAAUUUCACCUCACCUAGCCACAACGAACAUGUCCAGCCCUGACCCUGACUAUAUGUGACUGCAACCUGACCCCACUUCAAACCUGACCAUAUAGGCCUUCUCUGACUGACCACAACUGACCACUCUCCAUCGUCCGAACAGAACAGAUCUGAUGUGUACUGGCUGGACCACAGAAUGACUCUAACCUGACCUGAGCUGACAUGACACAUUGCCUGGUCAGCAGUAAGCCUCUGACCUUAAUGACUGUAUGUGAAACAGCCUGGCACUCCACUCAUCUUAGCCUCUGCUUUCUGCUAUGUAAAAACAAUUAAAAAAGUAUGCACUCACUAACUGUAAGUCGCUCUGGAUAAGAGUGUCUGCUAAAUGACUAAAAUAUAAAAUAUAUGAAUAUAUUUCAACUGGGCCUGUCACUGAAUAGCCUUGUGUGAUACAGACUGUACUUACUAACACAUAUUUGAAUUGAGCUAGGAUUGUAUGUAUAUGAACUAGCUAUAAGGCUACUGUAUGCAUGUAUAUGAACUAUUAUGUACAGUAUGUAAAUAUACAUAUACUGGUUACAGAUAAGGUAUGAAUGUAGAACAGCAUUCUUUAGAUGUACAGAUGUAGGAUCUUAAUUUGACCCGUAUUGUCACAGGAAAAUAAUCCUGCAGCAACAGGAUUUGAACGUUUAGUCCAUAAUUUUGCUUGAUAGGUGGAUAGGCUAUUAGUGUGGGUUUUCAGUGAAUUUAUGAAAAUCACAAAGCUCAUCUGCAUUUUCUGCGGUGCAGGAACAUUCUCAGCAACAAAAGAGUGAUCAAAUUAAGAUCAUACGUUUGUACUGUAAUGUAAUUGUAAAUCCUUGAGGCAUUGAACACAUACUUGAAUGCACAGUGUGAUUCAGUCACACAGUAGUCUACAUUGUAAAGAGGUGAUUGAGGAUUCUUGGAAAUAUCCAGCCCCCACUAGAUCCUUCAAUUGAUGUUUAACCUUUUAAAUUGCCGUCUUAUCAAGGACAGCCCUUUAAGUUGUGAUAAUUAAUUAUUCAGCCUAUCUAACGGCAUUCAUCUUAAUUGAACUGUUAUUUAAAAGUUAUGUUAUUUAACCUUGGUCAGAGGCAGUGUUGGGGAAAUUAUUCUGAAAAUAUAGUUCACCAAGCUACCAAUUACGUCACACUUGAAGAAAAAGCUACACUAAAGCUACCCUUAAGAAAAAGAUGGUUUACUUAAGUUCCUUUGAUCAAAAGUAGUUCACUCCAAACUACUUUGCGAAAAAAAAAAAAAAGGUACAUCUGAAAUGUCAUAUAGAAAUUGCAAGAACAGCUCACUAUAAGUUAACAGAAUGUGUAACUUAGCCUAUUAAACACAACAAAAUUAAGGAAAUUAUUUCCUACUUCACCCAUAUUGUGUGCAACGCUAACACACCAGGCUGGAACCAUGCUACACACAACCACAUUACACACAACCACGCUACACACAACCACAUUACACACAACCACGCUACACACAACCACGCUACACACAACCACACUACACACAACCACGUUACACACAACCACGUUACACACAACCACGUUACACACAACCACGUUACACACAACCACAUUACACACAACCACGCUACACACAACCACAUUACACACAACCACACUACACACAACCACGCUACACACAACCACAUUACACACAACCACACUACACACAACCACGUUACACACAACCACACUACACACAACCACGUUACACACAACCACGCUACACACAACCACGCUACACACAACCACAUUACACACAACCACACUACACACAACCACGUUACACACAACCACAUUACACACAACCACGUUACACACAACCACGCUACACACAACCACACUACACACAACCACUUUACCACAACCACAUUACACACAACCACGCUACCACACAACCCACCUACACACAACCACACUACACACAACACUUACACAACAACACGUUACACCACACACCACGUUACCCCAACCACGCUACACACAACACAUGACACACACCACCUACAACGCACACCACAUUACCCAAACCACACUACCACAACCACGCUACACCACCACAUUACAUACACACCACACUAAACACCUACCAUGUUACACACAAACCCACACUACACACAAACCACGUUACCAACAACCACGCUUAACCCACAACCACGUCUACCACACAACCAACAUUACACACAACCACAACUACACACACCACGGUUACACCACAAACACAUUUACACACAACCACGUACACACAACCACGCUACACACAACCACACUACACACAACCACGUUACACACAACCACAUUACACACAACCACGUUACACACAACCACGCUACACACAACCACGUUACACACAGCCACGUUACACACAACCACGUUACACACAACCACACUACACAUACACACAUUAUUAUUUAGCUGUGCUGACAAGAGUAAGCAGGCACUUCUCACACACAGACAUCUGUCAUCCCCAACAUAACACCUGGUUGCUGCUCAGGUGCUAACCGCUCUCUGUCAAUCAAUCAGCCGUCCAUUUCCGCUCCCGCCUCCGAGACAACUGGAUCCACAUGGGCGGUGGAUGCAUCUCAUCAGGACUCCGAGCACCCCCAGAGAGAGCUCCCAUGUGACUCCCCUGGGAGGGAGGGGGGGGGGGGUGGAUAGUCUGGGGGAGAGGCCCAGGGAUGCGUGCCACCUACCACCAUCCCCACUCUUUCCUGUUGAAGGGAGAAUAAUGUAGAUUGCCAACCAGGCAGGAGCUGUUGGCUCCUCAUAUAAUCAGAUUCAUAUCGGACCAUCUGUCUCCGGCUGCCUCUUUCCCCGCCACCUCGCCUUCUACAGCUAAAAUUCCCAUUUACUUAUUCACCACGUUGCUGCAUUUAUAAUGAGACAUGGACAGUUCCUCUGCCCGUUGCACAGAUACAUUUGUUUAUAUUAGAUUAUGUUUUGUACUUCUAAUAUUUUGUAUGUCCCCACCAUCAAUUGAAUUGUUACUAUUGUUACUACUGUUCAAAUAAUUAUUUCCCAUACAGAGACAUUAUUGUAUGAUGUGUGUUCUUGAAUACUUUGUCUGAAGUAUUGAAGUGUGUGUUUUGCAGUGUUUGCGGUGUGUCACUGUGUGCUGUACUCGUUUGCUGUGGUAAUAACACUGUAUGUCUGUCUAUGACAGCUCUAUGGAGUCCCUGAAUGACCUCUGUAUCUCUGUGCUAUCCCCAGCCCCAGACCUAUGGCAUUCAGUCCGCUGGAGGCUGUGUCCCCUGCCACUGUAACUCCUUUGGGUCCAAGUCCUUUGACUGUGACGAGUCGGGCCAGUGCCGGUGCCAGCCUGGUGUCACUGGGCCCAAGUGUGACCGAUGCGCUCCAGGACACUUCAACUUCCAGGAGGGUGGCUGCACACGUAAGAACUGACUGCCAUCUAACUGAUUGAUGUCUGCGAAUAACUUUUGGUCAAUACAAUACUUUAAUACAUCUUCUUAAGAUUUUAUUACUGCUUUCCUUCAUGUUAAAAAAUGGUAUUUUCUCUCUUACAGUUUUAAUGGAAAGUUGUUGUGCUGAGCCUAUUCUGUUGUUUUGAGUGGAGUUUGUUUUUCCUGCCCCCUUCCCAGCGUGCCAGUGCGCCCAUGUGGGAAAUAAUUGCGAUGCCAACAUAGGACGGUGCAUCUGCCCUCCCAACACUGUGGGGGAGAGAUGUGACAAAUGUGCCCCCGAUCACUGGGGUCAUGAUAUCAUGGCGGGCUGCAAGGUACACCAUACCUCACCUCAUCUCACCCCGCUCCCCUCCAAACUGGUCCUGUCUGGCUCUUUCCUGGAGUUAGGCCUAUUCUUUUAUUGAUCAAAAAUGCCCAUUAAAAAGGUUUAGCAAAAUAACCAACUUUUAUAGUAUAAAAAUUAAAACUGCACAAAAGUGCUUUGAGAUUGAAUAGAGCAACACAUCAUAGGAUUACUACUGUGUAUAAUUUUAUAAUUGAUUUUGUAGCCAAUGUUUUAACCCCCUUUGUGGAAAGUUUGUGGAAUGUUUACCAUAUGAAGCUGAUGGAUUAACCCUUUGUGACUGGGUAUUGAUUCACCUAAUGGUACAUUGAUUAUGAAUACCUGCCACUCUCCUCCACAGGCCUGUGGGUGUAACCAGGUGGGCUCAGUGACCCAGCAGUGUAACCCCAACACAGGCUGCUGCAUGUGCCGGGACCAGUUCCAUGGAGAGAAGUGCAGCGAGUGUAAGCUUGGCUACCGGGACUUCCCACAAUGCAUUUCCUGCGGCUGCAACGUGGCCGGUUCGGACAGCCAGACCUGUGAUGCAGACCAGAAUGUGUGUGCCUGUGCAGACAGGACUGGACAAUGCAGCUGCAAGGUAACCCACAACCAUCAGUUGAUUGUAGUCUACUCUAUUAUCUACAGUGGGGAAAAAAAGUAUUUAGUCAGCCCCCAAUUGUGCAAGUUCUCCCACUUAAAAAGAUGAGAGAGGCCUGUAAUUUUCAUCAUAGGUACACGUCAACUAUGACAGACAAAUUGAGGAAAAAAAUUCAGAAAAUCACAUUGUAGGAUUUUUAAUGAAUUUAUUUGCAAAUGAUGGUGGAAAAUAAGUAUUUGGUCACCUACAAACAAGCAAGAUUUCUGGCUCUCACAGACCUGUAACUUCUUCUUUAAGAGGCUCCUCUGUCCUCCACUCGUUACCUGUAUUAAUGGCACCUGUUUGAACUUGUUAUCAGUAUAAAAGACACCUGUCCACAACCUCAAACAGUCACACUCCAAACUCCACUAUGGCCAAGACCAAAGAGCUGUCAAAGGACACCAGAAACAAAAUUGUAGACCUGCACCAGGCUGGGAAGACUGAAUAUGCAAUAGGUAAGCAGCUUGGUUUGAAGAAAUCAACUGUGGGAGCAAUUAUUAGGAAAUGGAAGACAUACAAGACCACUGAUAAUCUCCCUCGAUCUGGGGCUCCAUGCAAGAUCUCACCCCGUGGGGUCAAAAUGAUCACAAGAACGGUGAGCAAAAAUCCCAGAACCACACGGGGGGACCUAGUGAAUGACCUGCAGAGAGCUGGGACCAAAGUAACAAAGCCUACCAUCAGUAACACACUACGCCGCCAGGGACUCAAAUCCUGCAGUGCCAGACGUGUCCCCCUGCUUGAGCCAGUACAUGUCCAGGCCCGUCUGAAGUUUGCUAGAGUGCAUUUGGAUGAUCCAGAAGAGGAUUGGGAGAAUGUCAUAUGGUCAGAUGAAACCAAAAUAUAACUUUUUGGUAAAAACUCAACUUGUCGUGUUUGGAGGACAAAGAAUGCUGAGUUGCAUCCAAAGAACACCAUACCUACUGUGAAGCAUGGGGGUGGAAACAUCAUGCUUUGGGGCUGUUUUUCUGCAAAGGGACCAGGACGACUAAUCCGUGUAAAGGAAAGAAUGAAUGGGGCCAUGUAUCGUGAGAUUUUGAGUGAAAACCUCCUUCCAUCAGCAAGGGCAUUGAAGAUGAAACGUGGCUGGGUCUUUCAGCAUGACAAUGAUCCCAAACACACCGCCCGGGCAACGAAGGAGUGGCUUCGUAAGAAGCAUUUCAAGGUCCUGGAGUGGCCUAGCCAGUCUCCAGAUCUCAACCCCAUAGAAAAUCUUUGGAGGGAGUUGAAAGUCUGUGUUGCCCAGCGACAGCCCCAAAACAUCACUGCUCUAGAGGAGAUCUGCAUGGAGGAAUGGGCCAAAAUACCAGCAACAGUGUGUGAAAACCUUGUGAAGACUUACAGAAAACGUUUGACCUGUGUCAUUGCCAACAAAGGGUAUAUAACAAAGUAUUGAGAAACUUUUGUUAUUGACCAAAUACUUAUUUUCCACCAUAAUUUGCAAAUAAAUUCAUAAAAAAUCCUACAAUGUGAUUUUCUGGAGAAAAAAAAUCUCAUUUUGUCUGUCAUAGUUGACGUGUACCUAUGAUGAAAAUUACAGGCCUCUCUCAUCUUUUUAAGUGGGAGAACUUGCACAAUUGGUGGCUGACUAAAUACUUUUUUCCCCCACUGUAUCUAUCUACUCUACUAUUAUCACCUAGAAUAUUCAUCACAGGAUGCUGUGUCAGGUGAUUGCAUCAGACUUCUCCAAAUAAGUGACAGCAAGAAACUACAAUGAAAUUCUCCCAAAAGAAACCAAAGCCAGCUCUUCUGGCAUCUCCCUGAUGUCUAACCAGCAUUGACUUAUCAAAGUUACAUAGCGUAACUAGGCCUGUAUUUUUUAAGCCUCACUGCAAUUACCUGGAAAUGUCACAUUAGAGUGACUAUGGCAGAUUUCUUCAUAUAGCCUAUAUUUCAACAGCAGCACUCUAGCUCUCCGUACCUACCUAGUACCUUCCCUAUCUGGGCUCAGCACAGGGCCUGUCGCCAUCCUCUGCCUGCUUGCCAGCACCGAAUAAACCCAGAGCCAGGCAAACAGAACCCAGGCAGCGUAGCGUCUGUGUGUGUCUGUGUGAGGGAAGGGAGUGUGAGAUGGAAAUAGACCUGACGUGGGGGGAAGGCAUUCAGAUUAGCUAGCGCCAGGCAGGCAGUCGUCGCCAUCCCCAGCUCCGUGCCUCACAGUGACAGUGCUGUGACAUUGUGACAGGCUGUCACGCAGGGACAGCUAUGAGAGGUGAUGACUCUCAUUAACGCAGACUGAGAGAGAGAGGGUGAGAGAGAGAGAGAGAGAGAGAGAGGGAGAGAGAGAGAGAGAGGGGAGAGAGAGAGAGAGAGAGAGAGAGAGAGGGGGGGGGGGAGAGAGAGAGAGAGAGAGAGAGAGAGAGAGAGAGAGAGAAAAAAAACUGCCGCCACCCAGUAAAAAGCCCCUUUCUACCCUGAAGUAAAGGUGACACAUGAAGAGGAGAAGACUGUUGUUGUUGGGUCUCUUGUUGUAGUGUGUGUGUGUGUGUGUGUGUGUGUGUGUGUGUGUGUGUGUGUGUGUGUGUGUGUGUGUGUGUGCUGGCGCACAUGCGUAUCUUCCCUCGCUGGCUGUUUAUUUUAGACUACUGGGAUGGAUGGAUGGAUGGAUGGAUGGAUGGAUAGAGAGAGGAGGUUGAUGGGUUUAGGGAUGUUAGUGAAGGUCACGGUGAUGGACAGUGACUGGAGGGGUGAUGGACACGGUGAUGGACAAGGUGAUGGGGUGGCGUGACUCUGUGUGUUACAUGAAGCCAUAGAAAUAUAAUUUCUGGCAUCCUUAGCAUCCUCCUUAAAGUUGAACCCACAGACUAUUUUUUUAUUUUUGUAUAUGUAGUUCAUGGCACAACCAAUGUCUGUUAUGAAUGUCGCUUCUCAGUUCUGAAUGCUUUGGGAGUGUAUUAGCUAGGGGAAAGCAUAAGAUAAGAUAUAAGUGAAAUGUUCCAUUUGAAAUAGUGGUUUUUGGUAUGAUGCACUGUUAUCAGGGCUGUCACUGCACCUUAUCAUUCCUCCGCAGACAUGUCACUGUGGUACACAUACACAGCAGCCCCUUUGACAUGCACCUACUGUACCUACACACAUCGCUGCCUUGGGAUUCUUCUGAAUAUCACCUUCUUUGAUCAAUACCAAGCAGGAUAGGCGAAGAGCACAAGAGAUAUGACUUUUUCUGUCACUAGUAUUUAUCGCUUGGCUCUGUCUUUAAUCAAAUAUCUCUCUAGGCCUAUAAUAUGUUUGCAAAUCAAUUCAGAUUUGUUUUGUGUUUGUUCUUAUGUAUACUCUACUGAAGACUUCACUGUAUAGUUGUGUGUUCGGUCCCCAGGCGAAUAUACAGGGUCUGAAGUGUGACCAGUGUAAGUCGAGGACUUUCGGCCUGAGCACCAGGAACCCACUGGGCUGCAGUCAGUGUUACUGCUUCGGUAUGUCCAACACCUGUACUGAGGCACAGGGCCUCAUCCGCAUGUGGGUAAGUCAAGUCAUGAAGAAAUGUGGCAGAAAUCCACACGCAGCACACAUGUACACAUGUAUUCCCAAUCUCAUGCAAGUCCACCCACGCACAGGCACAGACUGAGGUACAGUAUUCAUACACAAACAUACAGUAACUGUGAGUGCACCCACCCACAUCACGCAACACACACACACACAGACAAACACAUAUCAUAUGAAUAAUGUUCUAUGCCAGUGUUCACCAACCGGUCGAUCUCCAAGGCUUUCCUAGCCAAACAUUUCUGUAAAAAGCCAAAUGAUAAAGCCUUGCGAACGCUGUUUUCUUAUUCGUUUAGCGCUGUUUGAGGUAGGUGCAAUUGAUUCAGCUGCCCUGCGCGCCGGGUAAGCAAAGUGUUCCCAUUUUGAACCAUUUCAUGUGUCUGAAAGCAAAUCAAGUCAACGUAUAGGCCUACCGCUGGCCAAUCAGAUAGCUCAGAUCACCGUGUCUGCAGCUUUCAUGAGCCCACAUCGAAGUUGAUAGCCGAGUCUACUGUGUGAGAUUUCAAAACUUUCAAAACCAUGACUACAGAGAGACUGUCAACGAAUACAGCAAAGAGCUGCUGUUUUUUUAGUGAUUUAAUAUUACGUUUUCACAUUUUUACUCUGUCAACACUUUAUUCAACACUUUUAUAAGCCAUAAUACGCCCGACCCUAUCCACUCGCUCUACAAAGUGUAUCAAUAUACUUGCGUUGUUAUUAGCAACUUGCGUCUUUCUAAUAUCGAGGAGUAGCGUAUUUCAGAAAUAAAUGAAGUGCCAUCGAGUUUCGCCAUCAGCUGGAAGACAGUGUCCCCUUUUUGGUCAGUCAGCAGAGGGAGGAAGAGCUGAUGAACAUUGAGAGGCAGCCUCUCCACUGCUCGCUCUCUCUCGCUCCCUCCACCAUCAGUCCAGUCAAAUAAAAAAAAGCUAAUGAUUUCAAUUUAUGCCUCACAAGUAGUAGGCCUAAAACAAAUGAUAUAUUACCAGUGGGAUCAUAUACCUUCCGUUUUGAAAUAUAAUUUUAAAAAUGGUCUGAGAAGAACAACAUUGGCAAGGCAAUUCAAGAAUAGCCAAUAAGUGAUAAUGGAUAUAGGGUACAGUAGAUAUAGGCUAUAAUAAAACAACAUUUGUUUUCAUGCAACAGUUAACAAACAUGAAUUAGUCCAAUAUACUGUAUAACUUACUGUACGUGCAACCAAAGUACUGAAAUAGUCUAGAGGGAACUGCCACAACCCAGCUAUAUGAUUUUAUGGGCAACAGAGUAAAUAUUAAUAACAUGAAAGUGGUUCUCCUCCAUUGCUUCAUUCCCAACCAGGUAUUUACCAGGUAGGGGCUUGGAGCAGGCAGAGGCUGGGAGCUACAAGCUGCAGCUUCCCUGUUUGUUUUUAAUAAGGAUUUUCUGCCAGAGCGCCUCAGAUCUGAUAACCCUCCAUCCGCUGUGUCCAUGGAGACCGCGGCUGAGGACAUCGGAAGAGGGACCCUUCUUUCAUAUAAAUGGAAACGACAAACAAAUGAAAUAAAGGGUGUCGUCCCAAAGUUAAUCUAAGUUUGUUUUCUUUAAGACAAAGAGAAAAAAAGACAGCCAGUUGAGAAUCCUCUCCCUUAUUCAUUGGAAGGCAGGAGAUUGUCUCUAAGUCAGUGAGUCAUGAGAUUGCAUGGUGAGGUGAGGGUCACAGCCUGGCCCCCCUGGAGCCUUUAGUGAGCCCUACGCUGGAUAUUUAGAUGGGAAGGGAGGGCACAUUUAAAACAGGGGCCUCAGAGGCAUAGUCUACUGUACAGAAGUGACUUUUUAAAGAUAUGAAUGUUCUACUUGCCCAAUUAAACACGUCUCUGGCCUGCCCUCAGGAUGUGAAAUGCAUUUUAAUCUACAACUGUAUGAGAGGCUGAGUCCUGGUGUGUUAUUGGAGAAUACAGUUGUCCAAUGUCACAGAGGCUGUUUUCCUUUUGAAAAGUACUUGCAUCACUCACUCGCAACAUAAGCACUUUACAGUGAGGGAAAAAAGUAUUUGAUCCCCUGCUGAUUUUGUACGUUUGCCCACUGACAAAGACAUGAUCAGUCUAUAAUUUUAAUGGUAGGUUUAUUUGAACAGUGAGAGACAGAAUAACAACAACAAAAAUCCUGAAAAACACAUGUCAAAAUUUUUUGAAAUUGAUUUGCAUUUUAAUGAGGGAAAUAAGUAUUUGACCCCUCUGCAAAACAUGACUUAGUACUUGGUGGCAAAACCCUUGUUGGCAAUCACAGAGGUCAGACGUUUCUUGGAGUUGGCCACCAGGUUUGCACACAUCUCAGGAGGGAUUUUGUCCCACUCCUCUUUGCAGAUCUUCUCCAAGUCAUUAAGGUGUCGAGGCUGACAUUUGGCAACUCGAACCUUCAGCUCCCUCCACAGAUUUUCUAUGGGAUUAAGGUCUGGAGACUGGCUAGGCCACUCCAGGAUCUUAAUGUGCUUCUUCUUGAGCCACUCCUUUGUUGCCUUGGCCGUGUGUUUUGGGUCAUUGUCAUGCUGGAAUACCCAUCCACGACCCAUUUUCAAUGCCCUGGCUGAGGGAAGGAGGUUCUCACCCAAGAUUUGACGGUACAUGGCCCCGUCCAUCGUCCCUUUGAUGCGGUGAAGUUGUCCUGUCCCCUUAGCAGAAAAACACCCCCAAAGCAUAAUGUUUCCACCUCCAUGUUUGACGGUGGGGAUGGUGUUCUUGGGGUCAUAGGCAGCAUUCCUCCUCCUCCAAACACGGCGAGUUGAGUUGAUGCCAAAGAGCUCGAUUUUGGUCUCAUCUGACCACAACACUUUCACCCAGUUCUCCUCUGAAUCAUUCAGAUGUUCAUUGGCAAACUUCAGACGGGCCUGUAUAUGUGCUUUCUUGAGCAGGGGGACCUUGUGGGCGCUGCAGGAUUUCAGUCCUUCACGGCGUAGUGUGUUACCAAUUGUUUUCUUGGUAACUAUGGUCCCAGCUGCCUUGAGAUCAUUGACAAGAUCCUCCCGUGUAGUUCUGGGCUGAUUCCUCACCGUUCUCAUGAUCAUUGCAACUCCACGAGGUGAGAACUUGCAUGGUGCCCCAGGUCGAGGGAGAUUGACAGUUCUUUUGUGUUUCUUCCAUUUGGGAGUAAUCGCACCAACUGUUGUCACCUUCUCACCAAGCUGCUUGGCGAUGGUCUUGUAGCCCAUUCCAGCCUUGUGUAGGUCUACAAUCUUGUCCCUGACAUCCUUGGAGAGCUCUUUGGUCUUGGCCAUGGUGGAGAGUUUGGAAUCUGAUUGAUUGAUUGCUUCUGUGGACAAGUGUCUUUUAUACAGGUAGCAAACUGAGAUUAGGAGCACUCCCUUUAAGAGUGUGCUCCUAAUCUCACCUCGUUACCUGUAUAAAAGACACCUGGGAGCCAGAAAUCUUUCGGAUUGAGAGGGGGUCAAAUACUUAUUUCCCUCAUUAAAAUGCAAAUCAAUUUAUAACAUUUUUGACAUGCGUUUUUCUGGAUUUUGUUGUUGUUAUUCUGUCUCUCACUGUUCAAAUAAACCUACCAUUCAAAUUAUAGACUGAUCAUUUCUUUGUCAGUGGGCAAACGUACAAAAUCAGCAGGGGAUCAAAUACUCCCUCACUGUAAACCCUUGGAACAGAGCUUCCCAAACACAACCCAUUAUCUGUGUAUUGCGUGUGACAUUUAGGCCUAUAAGUGAUGCUGUUUGUUUGUUGUGUCUUUUGUUGCUGUAGCUGUCCCUGAAACCAGAGCAGACCAAGCUGCCCCUAGUGGACAAAGCCAACCAGCAGGAGACCACACGCGGAGUGACCUUCCAGCACCCAGAGAUCAUCGCUAACGCUGACCUGGUCACCCAGAAGCUGACCGAACCCUACUACUGGAGACUGCCUGAGCAGUUCCAGGGGUCCAUGGUGAGGGCACCCUCAUCUUGAAAUGAUUUAACAAGUUGAUAACAGGUGUACAAUCGACCCCUGAUAUACUGUAUAUAAUUGCUUGGGACUGCUUUACGUAUAGCCUAUGCUUACACUAAACCCAAACAUGCAGAUAUCUGGAGUGAAAAUGUAUGUAUUUGAAUUGGGAACUGGUGAACAAUACUGCUUUGAAAUACUUUCCAACUUGCACUUAUCAGGAGUUGACUAUAUUCUGUUCAGAGAUGUGUAUAGUACUGACAAGCUUCUUUACUUGGAUGUGGUUUCUCCUCUUUAGAUCACAGCCUACGGCGGCAAGCUGAAGUACGCUAUCUACUUUGAGGGGCGUGACGAGACAGGCCGUACCUCCUACGAACCCCAGGUCAUCAUAAAGGGAGGGCCCAACAGAGACAAGGUGAUGGUCCGCCACAUGCAGGGACUGCAGAUUGGACAACUCACCCGCCAUGAGAUCGACAUGACAGAGGUAAGGAAAUAAGCCAGGGUUUCCCAAACUAGUGGUCGCGACCCCAUGUGGUAUCGCCUGAUUUGAAAAUGGGGUCGUGAGAGAAAAUGUGCACUUCAUAGAACCAGGGUUACGUCAGUAACCUCCAUUAGCCAAGGUUGUAAUAAACAGAGCGGUUUCUGUUUUCUUCCUACAAAUGUGGCUCUAUCUUUUGAAUGGUUUAAGCUACUAAAUAUUAUGACCCCAUCACUGAAAGAUAACAAAGACUCUCGGGAACACGUUCGUUAGUACUGUUUCCUUCUACUAUGCCCACAAGUCGUUAGAACUGAGUGGACAAGACUAGGCACUAAAUCCGUCUGGAGGAAAAAGAACAUCAUCAAUGAUGAUGUUCUUUUCUACACAGAAAAUCAUACAAAAUUAUUGCCGGAUGAUCUUCUGGAGAAUAUCUUUCUGAUGCAUUUCAGUUACUUCAAACCAUACUGUCUUCAGAUUGAAAUACUGUCAAAAGUUCUGUCAGACUGAUUUGUAAUAGACUGUCAUAGCCACAAUUAAAAAAGUCAACAUUGGCCGUUGAUUACAUCACUUUUCUUUACAUGGUGGGUUCACGAAAAAUGUUUGAUAUCAAUAUGUGCAAAGCUGUCAUCAAGGCAAAGGGUGGCUAUUUGAAGAAUUUCAAAUAUAUCUCAAAUAUAAAAUAUAUUUUGAUUUGUUUAACACUUUUUUGGCAACUACAUGAUUCCAUAUGUGUUAUUUCAUAGUUUUGUUGUCUUCACUAUUAUUCUACAAUGUAGAAAAUAGUAAAAAUUAAGAAAAACCCUUGAAUGAGUAGGUGUGUCCAAUCUUUUGACUGGUAGUGUAUUUUCCUGCAUAAGUCAAAUAAGGAUUAUGCCUCUACUGCCAUUCUUUCCAAUUAGACUGGCUUGGAUUUCUCCCUGACCAAUAUGGCUGCCAUUUUCACCCCAUUCUGGAACUUUGAACUUUGAGGGUUUAUGACAUAGCCUCUCGAGGAAUUGAAUAGUUUCUCGAUGCUAGUGAUGUCAUAAACAUGUUUUGUUUUUCAGCACGAGUGGAAGUACGAAGACAAGAAGGCCAUGACACGCGAGGACUUCAUGGACGUCCUGUUUUACGUUGACUACGUCCUCAUCAAGGCUUCCCAUGGGAACAUGAUGCGACACAACAGGUGAGCUCUCCUCUCUGUCUUUGUGUGAACACACAAUGGGUUAGACUGAGACAUACUGUUAGAGGGCUGUUUACUCUUCCUUUUAGUAUCAUGGUCAGAUUAAUCAUGUCAUGUUAACAUGGAUCACCCGCUGCAUUUAACAGUGACUUGUUUUAAUGAACGAGGGGCAAUAGCAUUUGAUAAUAGCAUGUUUCAGGUAUAGAGAAGAGAAUGCAGAAUGUCCAUGGAAAAGCGUUGCAUUGUUGACAUUGGCUCACAUGGCUGUCGCUCUCCCUCUCUCUAUCUCUCUCUCCACUAAACCCAGGAUCUCUGAGAUUUCUAUGGAGGUGGCAGAGGAGGGAAGGCCGUCCGUGGAGAGUGAGCGGGCCCACCAGAUAGAGAAAUGUGACUGCCCCCUGGGCUACUCCGGCCUGUCCUGCGAGGUAAGCUAGCUAGCCACACAGCUAGCUGUGUCUCUGUGUCUCCCAUCAGACCAUCAGCCAUGGCAACAGGGUCCAUCAGAGAGGGCUCUCGGUGUGUGUGUGUGUGUGUGUGUGUGUGUGUGUGUGUGUGUGUGUGUGUGUGUGUGUGUGUGUGUGUGUGUGUGUGUGUGUGUGUGUGUGUAUGUGUGUGUGUGUGUGUGUGUGUGUGUGUGUGUAUGUGGCAGUCGGUCACAGUCCAAUCAGAGCCACAGACAUGGAGACAGGAGAAAACAGCUGUUAGAACACUCCACAAGACAAUCCUUCUCAUCAAAACUGCCAGCUCUCUCUCUCUUUCUCUCUCUCCCUCUCUUUCUCACAGCUCCAUCCAGACACAUCUAAUGCUCCCCCACUCUUUAGCGCGGCUCUAAUCCACUCCUAAUUAACUCUUGUGUUACUACGACAACUUCCAUCCAAACCUAAGUGUUACUGAUGUGUCUCCGACUGGAUUCCUCAUAAAGGUGGCUGUAAGCAAACCAGACAGAUGGCACUUAUUUGAAGCUGCCACAUAGUUAAUAAAGUAUUUUUAAACAGGCGUUUAACGUGUUUGCUGGGAACAGAUGGCGUCUCAAAUUGACCUGAUUAAUUCUCAGUGCGUGUGUCUUGUUGGAGCUCCAGAGCCUGGCAUUCCCGUGAGCGGCUCGGGGGCGUAACAGCCUAACAAGUAACCGUGUGUCUGUCUGUGUUUCGCCCAUCGGCAGGAAUGUGGGGCAGGGUUUUACCGCCUGUCUGCCCGCAGCGGUGGCGCGGCCUCCAGAGCAGGCAUCGGGAGCUGUGUGCAGUGCCAGUGCAACAGGCACAGUGAGGCAUGUGACCCGGAGACAUCCAUCUGCCAGGUAAGCUCUUUACAUAGUCCCCAUGACCUGAGGAGAAGGAUGCCAUUGGCACUGGUUGGCAGGCUGCCCUGUGACUGCACCCAUACCCGCCCACUCUACUCUACUCUCUCUCUACCAUAGAUGGGUAAUUAGCCCAACAAUUUACUUCACAGCUCCGUUUCAAAUUUACUUUAGCCCAGACCUUUAUCUAGCAAAUUAAAAACUCUCUCCCUUUUAUCCUCUAUCUUCUCAACUCCCCUGGGUUUCAAACUGUCGGAAUAAUGGCGCCGGAGGAGAGGGCUGCCGUUGUACGGCCCCCUAACCAAUUGUGCUAUUAUGUGUGUUUUUUUGCGUUAUCUGUAAUUUAUUCUGUACAUAAUGUUUCUGCCAUCAUCUCUUAUGACCAAAAAGAGCUUCUGGAUAUCAGGACAUCGAUUACUCACCUCGUAUUGGACGAAGAUUUUUUCUUCAACGUGUCGGACGCAAAGGAUAUUCUACAGACACCCGACAAGGCCCAAAUCCCCGUCAUUCGCAUGAGAAAGAGACUGAAAUAUCGUGGACGUAGGUCAGCGUGCCUUGUAAAGAUCAGACGGCGAGUGAGUAAUCUGCCUCUACCAUCAGUCCUAUUAGCCAACGUACAAUAAUUGGAAAAACAAAAAUGGACGACCUACGAUCACGGAUAUCCUACCAACGGGAUAUUAAAAACGGUAAUAUCUUAUGUUUCACCGAGUCGUGGCUAAACAACGACAUGGAUAGCAUACAGCUGGCGGGAUAUACGCUACAUUGGCAGGAUAGAACGGCUGACUCCGGUAAGACAAGGGGUGGCAGUCUGUGUAUAUUUGUAAACAAUAGCUGGUGCACAAAAUCAAACAUUAAGGAUGUCUUGAGUUUUGCUCACCUGAGGUAGAGUAUCUCAUGAUAAGCUGUAGACCACACUAUUUACCAAGAGAGUUUACAUCUAUAUUUUUCGUAGAGCAUUUACCACCACAAACCGAUGCUGGCACUAAGACUGCACUCAAUGAGCUGUAUAAGGCCAUAAGCAAACAGGAAAACGCUCAUCCAGAGGCAGCGAUCCUAGUGGCCGGGGAUUUUAAUGCAGAGAAACUUAAAUCCGUUCUACCUCAUUUCUACCAGCAUGUUAAAUGUGCAACCAGAGAAAAAAAAAACUUUACUCCACACACAGAGAUGCGUACAAAGCUCUCCCUCGCCCUCCAUUUUGCAAAUCUGACCAUAAUUAUAUCCUCCUGAUUCCUGCUUAUAAGCAAAAACUAAAGCAGGAAACACCAGUGACUCGGUUAAUAAGGAACUGGUCAGAUGACGCAGACGCUAAGCUACAGGACUGUUUUGCUAGCACAGACUGGAAUAUGUUCCGGGAUUCUUCCGAUGGUAUUGAGGAGUACACAACAUCAGUCACUGGCUUCAUCAAUAAGUGCAUCGAUGACGUCGUCCCCACAGUGACCGUACGUACAUACCCCAUCCAUGGAUUACAGGCAACAUCCGCACUGAGCUAAAAGGUAGAGCUUCCGCUUUCAAGGAACGGCACUCUAACCUGGACGCUUAUAAGAAAUCCCGCUAUGCCCUCCGACGAACCAUCAAACAGGCAAAGAGUCAAUACAGGACUAAGAUUGAAUCGUACUACACCGGCUCCGACGCUCGUCGGAUGUGGCAGGGCUCGCAAACUAUUACAGACUACAAAGGGAAGCACAGCCACGAGCUGCCCAGUGACACGAGCCUACCAGACGAGCUAAAUCACUUCUAUGCUCGCUUCGAGGCAAGCAACACUGAAGCAUGCAUGAGAGCUGUUCCGGAUGACUCAUUGAUCACGCUCUCCAUAGCCGAUGUGAGUAAGACGUGUUAAGCAGGUCAACAUUAACAAGGCGGAUUACCAGGACGCAUACUCUGAGCAUGCGCUGACCAACUGGCAAGUGUCUUCACUGACAUUUUCAACAUGUCCCUGACUGAGUCUAUAAUACCAACAUGUUUCAAGCAGACCACCAUAGUCCCUGUGCCCAAGAACACUAAGAUAACCUGCCUAAAUGACUACCGACCCGUAGCACUCACGGGUCAGAUGAUGAUAUCUCUAUUGCUCUCCACACUGUACUUUCCCACCUGGACAAGAGGAAAACCUAAGUGAGAAUGCUAUUCAUUGACUACAGCUCAGCGUUCAACACUAUAGUGCCUUCAAAGCUCAUCACUAAGCUAAGGACCCUGGGACUAAACACCUCCCUCUGCAACUGGAUCCUGGACUUCCUGACGGGCUGCCCCCAGGUGGUAAGGGUAGGUAAGCUGAUCCUCAACACGGGGGCCCCACAGGGUUGUGUGCUCAGUCCCCUCCUGUACUCCUUGUUCACCCAUAACUGCAUGGCCAGGCAUGACUCCAUCACUAUCAUUAAGUUUGCCAACGACACAACAGUGGUAGGCCUGAUCACCGACAACGAUGAGACAGCCUAUAGGAAGGAGGUCAGAGACCUGGCCAUGUGGUGCCAGAAUAACAACCUCUCCCUCAAUGUGAUCAAGACAAAGGAGAUGAUUGUGGACUACAGGAAAAAAAAUAGGACUGAGCACGCCCCCAUUCUCAUCGACGGGGCUGUAAUGGAACAGGUUGAGAGCUUCAAGUUCCUUGGUUUCCACAUCACCAACGAACUAUCAUGGUCCAAACACACCAAGACAGUCAUGAAGAGGGCACAACAAAGCCUAUUCCCCCUCAGAAGACUGAGAAGAUUUGGCAUGGGUCCUCAGAUCCUCAAAAAGUUAUACAGCUGCACCAUCGAGAGCAUCCUGACUGGUUGCAUCACUGCCUGGUAUGGCAACUGUUCGGCCUCCGACCGCAAGGCACUACAGAGGGUAAUGCGUACGGCCCAGUACAUCACUGCGGCCAAGCUUCCUGCCAUCCAGGACCUCUAUACCAGGCGGUGUCAGAGGAAGGCCCUAAAAAUGGUCAAAGACUCCAGCCACCCUAGUCAUAGACUGUUCUCUCUGCUACCGCACAGCAAACGGUAGCGGAGCGCCAAAUCUAGGUCCAAAAGGCUUCUUAACAGCUUCUACCCCCAAGCCAUAAGACUCCUGAACAGCUAAUCAUGGCUACCAGGACUAUUUGCAUUGUCACCCCAACUCUUUUACGCUGCUGCUACUCUCUGUUUAUUAUCUAUGCAUAGUCACUUUAACUCUACCCACAUGUACAUAUUACCUCAAUUAUCUCAACUAACCUGUGCCCCCGCACAUUGACUCUGUACCGGUACCCCCUGUAUAUAGCCUCCCUACUGUUAUUUUAUUUUACUGCUGCUCUUUAAUAAUUUUUUCUUAAAACUGCAUUGUUGGUUAAGGGCUUGUAAGUAAGCAUUUCACUGUAAGGUCUGCACCUGUUGUAUUCAGCGCAUGUGGCAAAUAACAUUUGAUUUGAUUUGAUUUGAUUUGAUUUGAAACCAGCUCUCAGUCUGAAAAGUUCUCCAAGUGUAGAGGAUCAGCAGAUUUGUUCAGAACCAAGUUGAUAGGCUACAUGGUCCAGUGCCACCAGGAAGUAGAGCAUAGGUUACUGUCAUGGAAUAGAUUUGACUGGGAAAUACUAACAGGGAUAUUACGCUAGAGAGAAGUCCAUGUCAUUUAAUGUGGAACAUAAUGUGCCCUUCAAAUAUAAAACUCAGGGCCCAUUGGUCAAGUUAAUAACCAACAAAGCUCUUAUUCUCUGCUUCCUAAAUCACCCCCUAGAGCACAUGGAAGCCAGCCCUGCCUCAUGUUAUAGUGUGGAACUGGAACUCUAUGUUGUCAAAGCAAUCCCAGCUUUCAUUUGCAUUUGUGCUAAUAACAAUAUAAAUUGCAUUUUACGGAGCAGGAAAAUUGAAAAUGUUAAAUGAGUUUGUACAGCGUAAUUUGGUUAAUUGAGGUACACAGGAAGUUAAUGAACGUCUUUGGAAUACCACGGCUCAGUAGGCCAGAACUUCCGCUGACUGAUUAGUAUUACCUCUCUGAAUUGUCAGUUUGGCACUUUUUCUCAGAGCAGAGUGGUUGAGAGAGGAGAGGAAAACAGCUCUGAGUUGACAGCUCACGCUCUGGAAGGGCCCUCACUUCAAAACAACAGCUAAGAUACAUCCACCCUCCACCUCGACAGCCACUGGGUUUAGUUUGACUCUGAAGGUGUAGCCUAUUUGAAGUGAAUGGUUGUGAAUGUGAAUAUGAUAUUAGUGACGGGACGGGUGUCUUCUCUACAGAACUGCCAGCAGAACACAGAGGGGGACAGGUGUGAACGCUGUGCCCCAGGAUACUAUGGUGUAGUGAGGGGCAGACCCGAUGACUGCAAACCCUGUGCCUGCCCCCUCACCAACCAUGAGAACAAGUAGGUCACAGAGACACAGGUGAAUGGCUGGACUACUGUACAAUAAAGCAGCUCUCAUCUGUAGCUCUCUCAUUCUCUCAGUUUUAGCCCUACCUGUGUAACAGAGGGAUUCAAUGACUACCGCUGUACUGCCUGCCCCGAGGGCUAUGAGGGAAAGUACUGUGAGAGGUAAGAACUCUCUCCUCAACAUUUACUAAACCCAACAUGCUCUUUGUGAAUCAUACUGAACUCACCUCAUCAGGGACCUUGCUGGCCCACAUUGCUAACAGAACAUCACUUUCUGUUAGUUAUCUACUCUAAACCUUGUUGUCGCUCCACUAGAUGUGCCACAGGUUACCACGGUGACCCCCGUUCCCCCGGCGGGAAGUGUGAGGAGUGUAAGUGUGACCCGUACGGGGCGUGGCCCCAACCGUGUGACCCCCGCUCAGGCCAGUGCCGCUGCCGGCCCGGGGCCACUGGACGCACCUGCAGCCAGUGCAUGGAGAGGCAUGUGUGUGGGCCCUCUGGGAUCGUGUGUACGUACACUAAUAUAACUUACUUU